AUGGCCACCAGACGUGCUCAUCUCGAGGAUGACCUUUCCUGUCCAAUUUGUGGACAUAUUCUCUGUCAGCCAGUGGUGCUCAAUUGCAGACACCGAUUCUGUAAAGCUUGUCUUAAAGACAGCUGGGAGACACAAGGCGGUGGGGAUUCACAUAGCUGUCCUCUGUGCUGGCGCCCUGCCUCCAUGGAUCAAAUCGUGGUGAGCACUGUGCUGGAGAAGUCCUGUGAGUCCUUCAAGGCGGACAGGAGCAAGAAUGACCCAGGGGCUUGUAAGGAGCACGGGGAGAAGCUCACCUUGUUCUGUUUGGAGGACUUGGAGCCAAUAUGUGGCGUUUGUGGGAAGACGGCUGCCCACACCGGCCACAGGCUCUAUCCCAUUGGGGAAGGUGCUCAUGACUGUAAGGAGGAACUGAAGAGCGCACUGCUGCCUUUAAAAGAGAAGUUGCAGUGGUACAAGAAGGCAAAAAAAUCCUGUGAGGAAAUGGCAGAACAUGUCAAGAACCAGGCUGAACACACCGAAACACAGAUCAGAGAUGAAUUCGAAGCCCUUCACCUUUUCCUGAAGGAGCAGGAGGCUGCCAGACUUUCAGCUUUAAAGGCCGAAGAGGAUCUGAAGAAUCAGAUGGUCAACCAGAGGUUUGAAGAGAUAAGCAAUGAGAUUACAUCUCUCUCAAACACCAUCAGAUUGGUGGAACAGGAGAUGCAAUCUCAAGACAUCCCAUUUCUUAAGAAUUACAAAGAAACAAUCAGGAGAACGUGGCGGUCUUCUGUUGAACCACAAAUGAUUUAUGGUGCUCUGAUCGAUGUGGCCAAGCACUUGGGCUCUCUGAAAUAUAAAGUGUGGGAGAAGAUGAAGAGCAUAGUUAAAUACAAUCCUGUGAUUCUGGAUCCAAACACAGCAGCCAGCUGCUUCAUCCUCUCAGAGGAUCUCACAGUCGUGCAGAACUCCACCCAGAUUUUCAAGCUGCCAGACAACCCAGAGCGCUUUGACAUAAGCGCUGAGAUGCUGGCCGCUGAGGGCUAUACAUCUGGACGCCACAGCUGGGAUGUGGAGGUAAAGGACAACACAUACUGGGUGGUGGGAGUGGCCAAAGAGUCCAUCAACAGGAAGGGCAAGCACGUGCUGACACCAGCUGAGGGAUUCUGGACUAUAAGGUUUCGCAACAAAGAGCACAAGGCCUGCACGGCACCAUGGGAGCCGCUGAACAUGACUAAGACACCAGAAGUGAUAAGAGUAGUUUUAGACAUGGACAGAGGCAAGGUGACCUUUUACGACCCCGGAGAGAGAAAGCCUCUCUACACCUUCACACAGAUCAUCACACCCAGGGCCUUUCCCUACUUUUGCUCUGCCUGCAAAGAGCACCCACUGAAAGUCCUACCCAACAGGAUAUCCUUGUCAACGGAAUAG